AUGAAUCAAAUCUCAACAACAUUGAACGAAUCACACUAUGAUUCAUUUGAUGCACUUCAGAAAGACAUAUCAGAAAUGGUUAACAAAUUUUCUUUCAAAGACGAUAAGACCAAUCUCAAAUACAUUAACACAAUCAAUAAGAAAGAAAUCAAAACCAAAGAAAUAGAACUCCUCCAUCUUGUAACACAAGGAAAAGGUCAAAAUAUCGAGGAAAUUGAAAAACUAAGAAAUAAUAUCAAAGUACUAUACAAGGAAACUGGAGCUGAUAUCAAAGCAAAACUAAGUGAAAAUUUCAACAAACAUGACAGCUCAAUGAUUUACCAGUUUGACAAACAUCUAAAAGAAAAAUCAAUAGAUUGGAAAAAUAUCCAAUUCUCUGAAGAAGAAAUUGUGCAUCAUUUUGAAACAAAAUUUACCUCAGUAUCCAAAUCAUCAGACUUUGAAAAUCCACCAUCAACCGUCAAGAAAGGACCGAAAAUACCACAAAUAAGCCUUAAAACAAUUAAAGAGGCGAUAUCGAGAAUGAAAUCCAACACACCCGGUCUAGACUCAAUAUCCUUCCAAAUUAUACGUAAUCUCAAAGACGAACAUCUACAACUUAUUGCUGACCAAUUUGAAAACUGCAUUCAACAAGGUAAUAUCCCUGAAGAAUGGAAAUCUGGUUGGGUUAAAUUACUCCCUAAAAGAGACAUUCAAAAACUAAAUGAUAUUAGACCCAUAACCAUUCUCCCAAUAUAUUACAGAAUACUUUUCAACAUAAUUGCAUACGAAUUAAGACAAUGGGCUUCCAAACACAUCAACUUAAGGCAACAAGCAUUUAUUUCACACAGAAACACAAUGAAUCACGGAUUAUUACUUUCAUCUCUAGCCAAAAAGAACAAGUCGUCAUUCCUUUUGGUAAACUUAGACAUCGAAGGCGCCUAUGAUUCCGUUGAAGAUCAUAUCAUUGAAAAAGCUCUCACUCAUUGUAAGUUUCCAGAUGAGUUGAAAACUUUUAUACUAAACUCAUACAAGAGUCAAAUAUUACAGCUAGAAAUUGAUCACCAUUUCUCUAGACCAUUCACAAAAACAAGAGGAAUACCACAAGGAUGCCCUUUAGCUCCUCUUAUAUAUGAUUGUAUUACUCAACUCAUCAUUGACAAAUGCAUACAACAAUGGAAAAUUUCAAUCAAACCAACCAAGCUUAAUAUUAACGAUAUUGGUUUGCUCUGCUUUGCUGAUGACAUUAAUUUAGUUUCAAACAGAUACUGCAAUUAUAACGAAAGACUUGAUAAUAUCUCUAAAUGGCUCGGCCAAUUAAGUCUAAAAAUUAAUCCUUCAAAAUCCAUGGCAACCACUCUCCCAACUAAAAGCAAAAUGAAGCCAAUGAUAGACGGUACUAUUAUACCAAGAUUCAAAAACCUUCGAGUACUUGGACACUAUCCUUGGGAUGACUCUACUUUAAAUGAAGAUAUUGAAAAAAGAAUCCUCCAAUUUCAACUCUCACUCAAAUAUAUUCCACUGAAAAGAAUGGAGAUAACAAACAUUAAGAAAAAAAGCAAUAAGAAAAUUUUCAUGCAUAAUGCUAGUCCAACAAACUAUUUUCACCUCCCAAUCACCUAUGGCGGACUUGGUAUUCCAAGAUUCGAUAUCUUUGCAGAUGAAAUUCGAAUCAAAACAGCCCUGUAUCUUAUUAACAAUGAUAAUGAACUUCUUAGAGAAGUAUAUUCAGAAGGAAUCAAACACGAAAAUUCGAUUUUUAAGGAAAUGAACAGAUCAAUGAAGAAAUACAAGAUCAGACCUCAACAAUUUAACAAUGACGAAAUCUUUCCAAAACUCAAAGGAAAGAAUUUUACUAUUUACACUGACGGAUCAAAUCUCAACAACUCAACAGGUUUCGGCUUUACCGCCAAAGUUAACAAUUCCCAAGAAACCCAAGAUUUCUCAUACAAAAUUAACAGCGAAUACUCACAUAACGUUGCUGAAUUAUCAGCAAUACUCACAUCACUAAAGAUACUUCCACCUAAAUCUAAGGCAAAAAUUCACACAGAUAGUGAAAUAUCCAUCCACGUUUUGAAAAACAAAGCCUAUAACGGAAUUUUUAACUGCUUCAAGCAUGAAUAUCAACAGGUCAUUCAACAAUCCAAUCUAAAUAUUCAACUAAUCAAAGUUAAAGGUCAUGUCAACAAAGGAAACAUCAAAGCUGACGAAUUAGCUAAGAAAGGAGCUCAAGAGCACAACUAUUUUGACAUUAAGAAGCUAUUUUCGAACCAAACCAUCCUUGCCACAUCUAAUACCAUUAUUUUCGACAUCAAAAAAUCCAUACAAAAGAAAAGAUAUGAUGUAAUGUUUAGCCAAUUUGAUAGAGAUAAUUCCAGUCUACACCUUACCAAGAACUGGUCAUCUAUCAAUCUAAAAUUCAUCAAAUCUAAAAUUGACACAAAUACUAAGUGGUCAAUCUGGAGAAACUUAACAAGCAACCAUAUCAAACAACAUAAGGAAAGACAAUGCGCUCACUGUAAAUGCCCCGGAACUCUAAAACAUUUCAUAUACUAUUGCCCUAAUACUCAAUGCUUUAGGGAUUUUUUCUACACUAAAUUCCUAGAUAUUACAUCAAUGCAAUGUAUCCUCAACGAUUAUCAAGAAUCAAGAUACUGUGAAAGAAGGAAAGUUUUCAUUAUUCAUCAUGACGGAGUAAUGAUUCGAGAUACUCAAAUGCCCAACUUUAAAAAUUCACCAAAUAUUUACCAAAAUUGGCCUGAAAUCCAAACAAUUCUCACCCUACUAGUUGGUAAAUGUCACACCAAGUAUUAUGAAAACUCAAGGUUUAAAAAACCAAUUCAAAAACAAACCCCAAUCCUCACGGAUUUACCAGCACCAGUGGUGCUAACAAUAAACUAA